UUGACGUGGUACAUCAAAUCCAACAGCCCCCGUCAUUUGAAGUUGGAGUAGGAACGUGAUUGUGCUCGUCCGGGCAGCGAAUGAAAACAACAUGGACGACCAGCGGGACGUUCAAAAUCCCAGACCGAACACGAACUCCAGCCUCGCCAUGUCGCCCACUUCUGCGGUGGCCAUGGAGAUGAAAAGGAAGAAAAUACGACAAAGUGCAUUGUUCCAGGAAACAGAGAACACCAAGAUUGAAGAGAAGCUGGACUUUGAAGUGCGAAUGCGAGAGGGCGCCUACAAGCUGCUUCUGGCCUGCAGUAAGAGGGAACAGAUCCUCAACGCCUCCAAGAACCUGCUGAUCUGCAACGCCAGGAUCAAGGCAUACAUCGAUCACAUGCAGAAGGCAGACCAGCAGCGGGAUCUGGCAGCAGUCAGCAGGCAUUCAGAGGAGCGCAUCCCAUGUCGAGGAACGAUCGCGCUCUCCGGACUUCGUAUUCCAUUGAUGUGGAAGGAUCAGGAUCACUUUAACAACAGAGGAAGCUCGCGGCGGGUGGCCAUCUUCUGCGUGAUGCAGAUGGACUGCCAGGUGUUUGACACCAAGAUGGCAGUGGUGGACCGAUCCAUCACGGACGUCUGCUUCGAGGAACUAACCAUCUUUAAAGAUGCACUUCCUGGUUUUAACCUGCGGGUGGAGCUGUGGAGCUGCGCCGCGGAGGAGGAGCCCACCCUGUCCAAGACCCCGAGGAAGUUGGCCAAGAAGCUCCGGAAUUCCUUCGGGAAGACGGCUGGGAAGAAACUCUGCCCUCUGCUGGAUAGUCCAGAUCCCGACACCUUCCUGCAGAACAACCCGGUGCCGGCAGGAGCCAAGUUCCAACUCCUGGCCUACUCCACCAUGAGACUGCCCGAGGCUGAAGGCAGCUUUCAGUCCCACUCGCUGGUCGUCCUCCAAAAUUCCGAUUGGUCCUCGUGGCUUCCGCUUUACGGCAACGUGUGUUGCCGCUUGGUGGCCCAACCGGCGUGCAUGACGCAAAGCGUGAUGGCCGCUUACCUCAAUCACAAGGAAAGUGUGCAAGGCAUGGAGCGCCGCUGCAGCCUCUACUGCGUCCUGAGCGCCGCCACCUUGCGGUGCUACUACAGCCCGGAGGAGAUGGACGCCAAAGUCCAACCGGGGCUGCGGCUGCCAGUCAACAAGGACACCCGCAUCCAAGUGAUGGAAAAGUUGUCAGGAGGAAGGAAGUCCAAGACUCUGUCCGUCAUCAACCCUUCGCCGGAGGGAACCCAGACUCAGGUCUUCACGGCAGACACGGCGGAGGAGCUUGACCGGUGGCAGGAGGCGCUACAUCAGCACCUCUUUGAUCAGAGUCAGUGGCUGCACUGCUGCGAGCAGCUCAUGGAAAUCCAGGUGGCGUCGCCACGGAAACCGUCGCUCUUCCUCACCAAGCAAGCGGACUCCGUUUACGACGAGCUCAGUAUCAAUUCUCCGGGCAAGUUCGAAAGCAUCACCGACAUCAUCCACAGCAAGAUCGAGGAGACCGACGGCCGCUUCCUGAUUGGCCACGGGGAGGCGAGGGUGCCUCCUAAUUGGUCGGCUCUGUUUGACGGUUCCCACGCGUUUGCACCGCAGAAGACGCCGACUCGUAAUGUCCUCUCCCAGAGUCCGACCCGCACCCCAUGUUCGAGCCCCCGGCCCUGCUCAAGCUCCACACCCAACAGCGGCAAAAAACGACGUGCCCCGCUUCCCCCGGCGAACCCCGACACGGCCACUCCUCCUCCUCCUCGUCCUCCUCCACUCUCUCAUUCGGAGAAGGAGAAUACUUCGCGCCCGAAAUCCAAAACAGGGAGACCGUCCCUGGAUGCCAAAUUCUCCGCUAUCAUCCAGCAGCUGCAGCACAGCAACAGAUACGGAGGGGGCGGCGCUCCGGCCUCGGGCCGCAAGAACGCGCCGCUGGCUCAGGUUGAAGUCGGCCAAGUUGCCGCGCCGAGGACCCAUCGGAGGAAAUCGUUCAGAGAGAGGAUGAACUUCAAAGGCAACAUGGAACACUAAAUUGUAACAAUUACGCUGCCGGAGGGGGUUUUAGCUGCGGUUCUAGCGUUAGACGUAUUCUACUGUGAAUUGGAUAACGGCAAAGACACGCUUCACAUUCGACGUCCAGCUAGCGUUUGUGAUGUCACCAUUAGAAGUUGUUGUGCGCAAAGCUUUUUUGCUCAAGCCAGUGCCACAUUUUGUUUGAAAAUAGAAAGUUUCAUCUCACACUGACUUGCGUUUUUAUGCGCCACACCGUCAAGUUCCGCCUUUUAAAGGUACACAGACGUAGCCGUUUCUGUACAUUUUUGCUCAAUUUAAAAAAAAAAAAAAAAUUUUUACAAUAUGUUUUAAUGUUUCAGGCUUGUGUGAGGGGUAGUACUACCGUAAUUCCCGGCCUACACAGUGCACCUGGUUUACAAGCUUCACCGAGUACAUUUGUAAAGGAAAUAUUAUUUGGUACACACAUACGCCGCACCUGUAUAAAUGCCGCAGGUGCCCACAAUGAAACCCAAAUUCAAACACGAGCUAUUUACAAAGAGACUGUACACAGAAAGAGCUUAACACUAGUGCUAGCGUCAAUGCUAGUGCUAAUGCUAGCAAUGCACUGACGCUAUGCUAACGCUAGCGCUGCGCUAGCACUAACGCUAACAGGGCCGGUUAAACUAAAACGUACCGGUAAAUAUCACUGAGACACACCAGUAACACAGCAGCAACAUGCUAUCACAACGCUAAUGCUAGUGCAGCACUAACAGGGCCAGUAAAAGUCACUUCCUUGGCACAUACGUUCCACCAGUCUCUUACCUUUUCCGCUCGAGUGCCCCCUUGCGGCCGUUAGAAAAAAAUGCACAAAUUACCCGCAUCACAGCAUAAACCGCAGGGUUGAAAGCGUGUGAAAAAAGUCGCGGCUUGUAGGUAUAUCAAAAAAAAAAAAAAUCUGGUUUAUAUGUUUUCAAUCCUUGUUGAGUCGGGAAUGUUUUACGAUGAUCAACUGUGGUUCACUAGACACCUAAUUUGUUGCCAUUCAAGUUAAGAUAGUGUUUUGCAAUUUUUAUGAUUAAUUUUUAAUAGUUAAAGACCUUUUUCCUAAAAAUGUGCCUUAAUUAAUGACUGGCAAGCGGUCCAGGGUAUACCCGAUCCCGAAUGAUGUACUACUGCUGCAUCCAUUCGGAGAAUUUUUACGAAUGCCAAUGCGUACCUCAGAAGAGUAUCGGUGCUCGUUUGUGGUACAUCACUGAUUAUUACGUUUUACUUUUAUUGUUUACCAUUUUAACAUUGUAAUAUAUAACAACCAUUUUAUGUGAUUACAAAGUUGCCAGCUCACUUUUAUACCCAAAUUAAGAGCAGCAGCAAUACUUAGCAACCAAUGGCACAUACUAUACUAUACAGUACUUAUAACUUUACUGUAUUUCAGUUAUUUUACAGUGGAUUGAUUUAACGUUUUACAUUUAAAUAAUGCUUACGUAAUUCAAAACAUUUAUUGUACAAUUUCACACAUGAAUGAAUUCACCCAGGAGACGUAAAGUUGAAUGUAGUAUUCCUAAAAAAAAAAAAAAGUACAGUAGUUUGUAUUUGAGCUGUAUUGUAGGAUCGGCUGACCUCUUGUAUGAUAUACUGUAGUAAUGAAUGUUAAAAAUGUGAUUUAAAACAUGGGGCCGUGCAGUUAAUAAAUGUUUUACGAUGGCCGCGCUCUGACAUAUUUUCCACGAUGCCGUGAAAAUGUUUUAUAAAUCACAUUUUUUGGAAUGGAUUAUUUUUGACGUGAGGAGAGGAUAUGGAUGUGAGUCAUGGG